AUGCUCUUGAGACAGUCUUUCUUGGGUCUUUUGGCCCUUGGUGUGAUAGUCGAGGCAUCUUCUAAGACGAAACAACAUGGGUUGUUCAGGCGGGCAGCGAAUAUCACAACUUGCAACAUUAACGAGGCCGCGCCCAAGGUCAACGCACCGAAAGUCAACGUCUGGGCUCCCAUCUCCCCUGAUGAUAACCUCGCUGUCUGGAAUUUACUCCACGAUCCAGCAACGGGUCUGAACCUCACAGACCCCAACAAUGCUACGAUCGCGGACAACUAUGUCUACUGGAUCGAUACUCUCCACACCAAUAAGUCCACUGUCCUACCAUACCUCGGUGGCACCGCUAGCCCGCCGCCAAAAUAUGCACGAGUAGUCAUCUUUAGCGGAGGCUUGGAGGUCCCAGACUCACAGGAGUACAUGGUCGGACCUCUUCCCGUCGGCAACGGAACCAAGGUGGAGAAGCUCGACUACAUCUUCAACGGCGGCAGUGGUGGCAAGAUCCCGUACAACAGUCGCUAUUUUGACGGCCCCCGCCUGGUAGCCUCCGAGCCGCUACUCGUGUCUAUCAUGAGUAAUAUCUCCGACAUCACGUCUGAACUCAUUGGCGGAGUUUACUACGGCUUGAGUGAUAAUCGGACUACCCUCACUUCCACCAGCGGUACGCCCCUGUCUUAUGAUGGCACCCAAGCAUUUCGCACGGUCAUGUUUAGAUAUCUCAACACAGCGACAUAUCUUACGCCGCUAGACUUCUCCGUUAUGCUAGACGUUACCGGCACAGAUGCUUCACAGUACAAGUUGAGAGGCAUCGUGACGAAUGAGAAGUUCUUUCCUACAGUCGCUGCCUUGCGGUCCGCCUGGGACGCAGGAGAGCUGAAGGAGCAGUUCAAGCAGAGCCGGACUCCCGACUGGGGUCUCCUGGACUACAAGCCUGAGAUGGGAGUUAGAGACCUCGAGAAUAAGCUAGCGCCUCAAAGCCUCGAGGUUGGCGGCAAGCGUUACAAGGUUGACGAGGAACAGAAGUACAUCGAGUACAUGGGGUGGUCCUUCUACACCUCGUACUCUCGAACCCUUGGGCUGAUGUACUAUGACAUCAAGUUCAAGGGCGAAAGGAUCAUCUACGAGCUUUCGCUACAGGAAGCUGCUGCCCAAUAUGCUGGUUUCACACCCAAGGCGGCUGGAACAGUCUACCACGAUACGUACUACAGCCUUGGCAACUCAUCUGUCGUCAGCACAGAUGCGAUAUGCAUUUUCGAAGCCGAUGCUGGCUAUCCUGUUUCACGCCAUCGAUACGGUAGUGGAAACGAAUACGGCUUCAGUUAUCUGGGUACAGUUAAGGCUUCGGCCUUGACUAUGCGAUCGGUAGCGACUGUAGGAAACUACGACUACAUGUUCGACUACUCUUUCCACGUUGACGGUAGUCUCGAGGUUACAGUCCGAGCAUCAGGAUUCCUGCAAUCUUCAUUCUACUACCCGGACCAGGAGGAGUUUGGUCCCAGAAUCCAGGAGGCGACGAUGGGAUCACUACACGAUCAUAUUCUCACCUACAAGGCCGACUUUGACAUUCUCGACACCAAAAACAGUCUCGAAGUAAGCGAGCUCGUUCUAGUUAAUACGAGCCAGCCUUGGUAUCCAGAGCUUGGCUCCUUUGAGCAGAUGCAGCUGCAAAAGUCUACGAUGACGGACGAGCAACAGUUCAACUGGCAACCGAACAACGCCGCAAUGUACUGUAUUGUGAACCCCAACGCCACAAACGCGUGGGGAGAAAAGCGCGGCUACCGAAUAGUCCCCGGGAAGUCCAACAUCCAUCUCACGCCGCUCAAUUCUCCCUGGACGAAGCAUCAGACGCCGUUUGCUAAAUCACACCUGGCGCUCUCGAGACAGCAUGAUACCGAACCGUACGCGAACAGUCACUCCAAUGUCAACUUGCCUCUGAAGCCCCAGCAAGACUUCAUGAAGUUCUUUGAUGGCGAGAGUGUCGAGAACGAGGACAUCGUUCUUUGGUUCAAUUUGGGCAUGCAUCACUUCACCAGGUCCGAGGAUAUUCCCGUCACGCUUUAUAGCGAGGCUGUGAGCAGCAUUGUCUUUGCGCCGCAGAACUUCAAUGAUAGGGCGCAAGACGGCGAUUUGCAGAAUAGGAGAUGGAUCGUUGUGAACGAGACGACUGGUGAACUUGAGUCUGACACUUAUGGGGUUGAGCUGCCUUCCGAGUGCGAAGUGGGCUUCUCUGAGCCUGUAUUUGGGAUCAAGAAGAACGAGGAAGCUUGA